AUGGCCAAACUAUUAAGAAGAAGCAUUGGUCGCCGGUUAGUGUAUUGUUUCUUUAAAAACAAAAACAGAAUAGUUUUUAUUUAACGUCGCCCUGGUAAAUGUGAAUAAGGAUACUUAUAAUCAUGGCUCACCUGACCGGCACCCGCGUGAGCACUUUUAACGAAAGCUUCCUGAACGAAAAUGAGCACGAUUCGAAUGCGGUGCUCAUGGAACUGGACAAGGGGUUGCGGAGCGCCAAGCAGGGAAUCCAGUGCGAGGCGAUCGUCCGUUUUCCGCGACUCUUCGAAAAGUAUCCCUUUCCCAUUCUUAUCAACUCAUCGUUCAUCAAAUUGGCCGAGUUCUUUGUCAGCGGAUCGAAUCUCCUGCGAUUCUGGGUGCUUCGUGUUUGUCAACAAAGCGAGAAUCAUCUUGACAAGAUCCUUAACAUCGACAAUUUUGUGCGCCGCAUCUUCAUGGUGAUGCACUCCAAUGAUCCAGUGGCGCGUGCUCUCCUUCUGCGAACCUUGGGAGCCGUUUCUCGGGUGAUUCCCGAGAAGCAACAGGUCCACCAUGCCAUUCGCCGUGCUCUGGAUAGCCACGACACCGUAGAAGUGGAGGCAGCUAUCUACGCCAGCAGCUGCUUUGCCGCCCAGUCCAGUUCGUUUGCUAUCAGCAUGUGCGCCAAGAUCUCGGAUAUGAUCGAAUCGCUGCAGGUGCCUGUGCCGAUGAAGCUGCUCCUGAUACCUGUGCUGCGGCAUAUGCAUCACGAGGCCACCACAGCUUCGCUGGUCAGCAGGCUGUGCAUGGAUCUUCUGCCAAAGUAUCCAGCCCAGAGCUUCGUUGUGGCCAUUAUAGACACACUUACCCAGUUGUCCUCCCGAACAUUGGUGGGUGUUCCCGGACAGCUAGAUGUUUUACUGGAUUUCAUGCAGGACUUAAGGACUCCCGUGCGCAUCCAGGUACUGCGCUCCUUCAAUGAGCUUGCAGGUCGGCAAAGUGUUCAUGCUUGGCCCAAACCGGCUAUUGAAGCACUGAUUGGUCGAUUUGAGUCAUGUACCAACUCCCAGGAGCAGUUUCUAUUUCUAUCAAUCCUGCUCAAGCUCAGCAAAUGUCCGCUAACCUGCCAGCAACUUCUUCGUGAGCAUCGAGUGGCUCUGCUUCGUUUGUGCGUACAGUGCAUUAGCAAGCUGGACGACUACACAACCGCCACUCAGGCCAUGGCUGUUCUAUCUGUUUUAGUGGCGUUCGGUUUGAAAAAGGAGGGCAACAGUGAGCAGGUGGAGGACAUUCUUCACAUAGUUAAUCUUCACAUGGAGGGCUUGCUCCUCAGCACGGCCAAGCGGGCGGAGAGCACUCGGGAUCUGAGAAGGGUGCUUACAUACGGCAUACGAAUUACUCAGGCAAAUGCUGAAUUUGGAACCUCGUUCAUUGAAAUCGUGACAAACACUUUAGGUGAUAAGGUGGUCUAUCCGCCGGCCAAUGCGGAACUCAUGUGCGAGGCACUGGUGGGUCUCUGUGAGCACUUCCAGUUAAGGAAAUAUGCGUUCUCAACUACAGAAGAACUAAUAGGAGAUGAUAACGCCAUGGACACCGACGAACCUCCUCCACCUAAGGUUAAUCCCAUGCUGGCCCGAUUACCGCUUAUCCUCCACAAGCUAAACACCAUUAUCGACCAAGAAAAUUGCGAGCAGCAGUUGCGUACCGUGGAGAUCUUGAGUGCUUUGGUGCUUCAGACCACCAUGGGCUGCUAUCUUCCCUUAAAAGUUGUGCAGUGUUUUGAAAAGUGUCUAUGCAGGCUUAAUUGCUGGACUCUUUACAGGAUUGCGCGAACCGCUAGUCGCUAUGGUCACCACUAUGUGGCUGCUCAUAUAUACACAAAGGUCUCCCAGAUUGUGAUUAGCGAUCAUAUGCAUUAUUUCCUGGUGGCCCUGUCACAGAUUUCUCAGGCGGAGUGCAUUCUCAACUAUGGCUUGGACUACGCUUACAUGCGAGAUAAUUAUGCACCAAAAGUGGCACCAGAACCUCUGAUGCCCCUGAUGAAACGUUUGGAGAUGGCCAGUAAUCUCUACCAGCAAGCGCUUGCAAGCUUGCGAGCUUGUUCCUCACCCCAGCAUCCUUGUAGCUUUCAACUCGAGUAUUUAAAGAUUCGGGCACAGUUUCUGCAGACUCUCCACCUGGCAGUGACCGUUAAGAAUGCUCAGGUGAUUGUGCCACCACCGGCUAUAGCUGGAAGUUUGGCUCAAAACUCACGGGAUUAUCUCCAGAAGUUUGGUCAUGUAACAAAUCAGCUGCGUAAGCUGGUUAAAUCACUUAAAGCCUGUGAGGAGACUUAUGCCAGACUCUACAAGUCCUCUUUCGAUGCGGAUCAUGUAACGCUGGAGUUCCUUGAGGUGGCUGAAUUCCAAUGUGCUCUAUUCGCUCACAUCAUUGAGUCGAUUUCCUAUGCCACCCCGCCGGAACCACCUGUUUUUCUUACUACAGGAGAUCACCCGGAAACGCGCUACUUUGCUGCGAGCUGCCAGCGCAUGGAGCAGAUGCAGAAAAACCUUCCCCAGGAGCCGGCAAAUGCCAAGACUAUUAGCAACCGUCAUUUGGAUGUUAUUAUAGCGCAGAUCGAGAUCAUAACGUUAACACCGCUAUGCCUGCCACGGUACUUCUUCCAGAUCCUCCAGUCCACACAGAUCAAGCUAUCAGUGAGUCCGCAGCCAAGAAGCGCAACCGAACCGGUGAAUGUCCAGUCGGGCAGUAACCUGGUGAUCAAGGUGGAAGGUGUUCUGCAACAUUUUAGCAAGCAGAAAAAGCACUUCCGACGCGUGGAGUCUGUUCAAUUAAGCCUCACAUCGCAGUUGAUCACGCCACCACCCCGAUCCUCACAAGAUAUGCCCAAACCGGGUGCCAACGACAAUGUGACCCUUAAUCAAAUUGUGAAGCCGCAGCGCGAUUUCCUUUCUGGCAGCUUCCUGCUGCCUAUCUCAAGUGGCGGGCACUUCCAGGUGACGUUGGAAACAUUUGUGGUAGACGAGAACGGAAUCACCUGGUGUACUGGGCCAAAGUCGUCAAUGAUGGUACGGGUGCUGGAGGAUCCCACCAAGCAGGGCGCGCCAGCGCCAAGCACUUCCCAAGCGGUUGGACAGACGAGGAGGUUUUAAACCAUAGCCAUAGCCUUAAAAUCGUAAAUUUGUUUAAAUAAUAAUGUUAAUUAACAAAUAAAUCUGUAGGGAUACGGACAUAAAACUUAAA